GACUGAGAAGUGGAGAUGGCGAGAGUGGAAGCACUGAACGCGUACAGAUCGCUGCUGAGAGCGACUCGGAAAUCGUUCGCCGGAGACACCGUGAUGCUCAAGGGCUCGGCGGCGGAGGUUCGUCAGAAAUUCGAGGAGAAUAGGGGCGUGACGUCAGAGGAGGAGAUCCAGAGACUGCUUGGCGAGGCACGCGAGGCCUCCAGCUUCAUCUCCACCAUGAUCGUCCAGGCCAAGCUCAACUCCCGCGGUGGCUACGAAGUGAAGGCUGAAAAGGACCAUGCCGGAGCUACGCUUGAGAUUCCUUCUGAAGAAAUCCUUCGCAAAUCUUAAUGCAUGAGGAACAAGUGAGAAAAAUUGUACGGCGGCGUUGAGGGUUACAUUUCCCCUAGUUUUUUUUUUU